AGCCAGUUUGGCUGAAGGGUCGUUCUCGGACCAACCCCACAGCGCACGCAGCACAGACCAGGCACCACCACACCCUGAAGACGGCGAGAUCCGCCCCCCCGCCAUGAAGCCUCGCCUCGGUGGGUGCGCCGCGGCGGCGGCGGCCUGCCUCGCGCUCGCCGCGUGGAGCGGCCGGGCCUUCGCGGCCGCGGGCGCCGGCGCGGGGACUACGCGCCCGCAGGCCGCGGCGCUGCCGCGCGGCAGCCUCGCGGCCUCCAAGGGCGGAGCGCCCGCGGCGGCCGCGGCGGCCCCGGCGAGCAGCGCCUGGAGCGCCCGCGGCGCGCCGCCGGGGCGCUGCUGGCCGCGGCCCUCGCCGCGCGCGGCCGCGGCGGGGCGCCGCCCGGCCGGCAGGCGGCGCGGGCCAGCGGCGCGCGGUGGUGCGCCUCGCGCGGGCGGCCGGCCGCGGCCGGCCCUCCCGGCCCCGCCGCCGCGGGCCGCGGCCCCGGCGCCCGCGCCGGCGGCGGCGGCGGCGGCGUGCCUCGCCCGCGACCUCGCGCCCCUCCGCAGCUCGGAGGCGCCCACGGCGGCCUCCGCGGUGGCGCCCGGCGCCGAGGCUGCGGCCGCGGCGGCGAGCGCGCCGCGCGCGGUCGGGUCCGUGCGCGCGCCGCGCGCUGAGCCGGCGCGGCUUGUAGGCGGUGUGCGCACGUCCCAGGGCCGGGCUCCGCGUCGGAGUGCCCACGCCGCCCGCGGCGUGCGCCGGCGCGCGGGCGCGAGGCUGUCUCCGUGCCAGAUGGCGGAGCCUGUCGUGGUGCCGUACGACCCGAGCCGCGUCCGCACGCAGGUGCAGCUCGGGCUCUGCGCCCUGCAGGGUGCGCAGCCGCACGCCGCGCGCUCGAAGACCCCGUACGCGAACGGCCGCAUCAGCUACUCCGCAGAAUUCCUAUCAAACUACGUAAGCUUAAGAAGUAUGAUCAUGAGAAGGUGA